AUGUCGUCGCCGCAUACGUACUCCCGCGCCCAGCUGGAGCGCUACUUUGACCGCGUCCAGCUGCCCCACGCCCGUCGUGUUUACAAUGUCUCAGCCCUCGACCCUGUCGAUCAGCUGGCGUUCCUGGCCCUGCUCCAAACACACAACCUCUGCGCUGUGCCCUUUGAGAAUCUAAAUCUGCACUAUUCCCAGCACCAUCAGAUCAGCCUCGACCCCGAUGUGCUGUUUCACAAGCAGGUCGACACCCCUGGUCGCGGAGGGUACUGCAUGGAAAACAAUGGCUUGCUGAACAUUGUGCUGCGCUCUCUGGGCUUCAACGUCUAUUCCGCCGGCGCACGAGUCAAUGGAGGCGACUCGUACAAUGGAUGGAGCCACAUGAUCAACCUGGUCACCAUCGGAGAUCAGAAAUACAUGAUCGAUGUCGGAUUCGGCCCCAAUGGCGCCACUCGCCCCCUGCCUUUGAGGAAAGAUUCCCCCGAUGACUUUACCCACAUUGCACCAGCAUCGGUGCGCCUGGUGUGGAAGAACCUCGCUGAAAACACCGACCCAAACCAGCGCCUUUGGGUCUAUCAGCACCGCAUCGACAGCCAUAGCGAGUUCCAGGACAUGUAUUGCUUUACCGAGCUCGAAUUCUUACGGCACGACUACUUCCUCAUGAAUUAUUUCACGAGCACGCACCCGAAGAUAUGGUUCACGCAAAAGGUCAUCUGCGCCAAGAUGAUCAUGGGAGGGCCCGACGAAGACGCUAUCAUUGGGGUCAUCAUUCUACAGGACAACGUGAAAAUGCGUAGCAACGGAAAGACGGAGGUGCAAGAGGAAUUCAAGAGCGAAGCUGACCGAGUGAGCGCCCUGGAGCGCAGGUUUGGCAUUUCCUUGAGCCGCAGCGAGUGCGAGGGCAUUAGGGGGAUGGCUUCGGAGAUAAGGCAGGCGGCCUAG